GCCCUCAUUUCAGAGCUUUUCUCCAAACUCCCUUUACCUUGCAUUCUCUCUCCUGCUCUUCUUCUUCCUCGUUUCUUCUUCUUCUUCAAUAUUUAGGUAUUUAUUUAUACGUUUUCACUUAGUUUAAAUACCCUCUUUUUAUCACAGGCGAAACAGUUAGUCUUGAGUUCUUAGAAAUUAAUUUUUUGAGGUAUAAAUGGAGUGCAUUGAAGCUAGAGCGUUUAAGUCGAGUGCUCUCAAGAAGAUAGCCAUGAAAUCCAACCAGCAAGGGUUUUUCGACGACGUCUGGUGUUUAACCGGCCUUAACAACGUUGGUUGCGAUGAUUUUUCCGUCGACGACCUGUUGGACUUUUCCGAUAAAGAUUUCAGCGAUAGUCGGUCGUGUUUAGACUCCGAGGAAGUUGAGGGACGGCAGAGCGGUUUCUCUUUGGUGUCUCCGCAUCACCGGAAUUACAACUCCCAAACUUUUUCCGGCACCGAGGAUUUCGGCUCUCUCUCUACCGGACAAUUCCUGCUCCCGGUUGAUGAUAUGGAGAACCUGGAGUGGUUAUCCCGAAUUGUGGACGAUUCUUCAUCGGAAUUGUCGUUGUUUUGUCCGAACCCCAGUUUUCAGCCGGCAACCGGAGCUUUUUUGGAGAGCCGGCAUGAACCGGUGAUUAUUCAGGCCGCCCAAAAUAUUAAACCUCCUCUUCCGGUACCGGUCCAGAGAAAACCGAGGAGCAAACGGUCGAGGCUAAGUGGAAAGGUGUGGUCAUACGUGGCUUCAGAGUCUUCCUCUCCGUCGUCGUCGUACGGUUCUUCGUCGCUUCCCGGUGCAAACCCUGUCCACGACGGCGACUUGUUUUCUAGCGUAGAAAAGCCGCCGGCGAAGAAGCUGAAGAGAAAGCCGUCGGUGGAGGCCGGUCUAGGGUCAGGCGUGACACAGACUCUACGGCGUUGUAGUCAUUGUCAGGUUCAGAAGACUCCACAGUGGCGAACCGGUCCGAUGGGGCCUAAAACUUUGUGUAACGCUUGUGGCGUUAGGUACAAGUCCGGACGGCUUUUCCCGGAGUAUAGACCGGCAUGCAGCCCCACUUUCUCUCUAGAGAUGCACUCGAAUAGUCACCGGAAAGUUUUGGAGAUGCGGCGGAAGAAGGAGGAUACCGAGGUUAUCGACGCCGGCUCGAUAACCCCGGCGCUUGUGGAGAAUUUUCAAUAGACGCCAAGGCGGACCGGUAUUGUUUGGUAGGUGUAGCUAGGUGGUGCGUCACAUGUGCAAUAGCAAAUGGUAACGGCAGUGAUAGACUUUUGACGGAGUUUAGGGAGGUUAUGAAUUUUAGUGCACUAUAGACUAUAGUUUUUAGUUUGGUUGUAAUUUAGUCGCAGCUUAGUGUAACGGAGUUACGUUAUGUAGUAAAAUUUAAAUUGUUGUUGCCCCUAUAUUUAUUAUUAUAUUAUAUUUACUA